UGGCGCGCGGGGGUGGGGGAGGAGGAGGAAGGUCGGUCGCCGCCGGCGCUGCUCCCUCAGGCAGCCGCAGGAAGAGGAGGAGAUGCGCGGGUUUCGGUGCAAGGGGCCCUCGGCGGCGUAACUGCUCCUGAUAAGGGGAGGCGAGAGCAGAGGGCUGCAUAAAGAAGGACACAUGGAGUGACAGAUUGAUUAGAUAUGAAUAAAAGCCAAUAAAGCCUGAGGAAGAAGUAAAAGGGGGAUCCCUUUGCAGCAGCUGCCCUGAUGUUAAGGGACUUCAUAUUGCCCAUCAUGGAGGCGGAUGGCUGGGAGUGGCUAGUGGCUCCGAUUCAGCAGCUGAUAUCCUGGGGUGCAUCUGCAGCCAUGGUGUUUGGAGGUGUGGUGCCAUACAUCCCACAAUACCGAGAUAUUAAAAGGACACAGAAUGCAGAGGGCUUUUCAACCUACGUGUGUUUAGUGUUAUUAGUUGCAAACAUUUUAAGGAUACUCUUCUGGUUUGGGAGACACUUUGAAUCCCCUCUACUGUUGCAGAGCAUCAUUAUGAUAAUUACAAUGUUACUGAUGCUGAAACUGUGCACUGAAGUACGUGUGACAAAUGAGCUGAAUAUAAAACGGCGCUCCUUUUCAGCUGCAGAUAGUAAGGAUGAAGAAAUCAAAACACCUCCCAAGAGAUCCUUUCUGGAUUUUGACUUGAACUAUUUCUGGCACUGGAACAAGUUUACAGAUUAUGUGCAAUGUGUUCUGGCUUUCACUGGAGUCACAGGAUACAUCACUUACCUUUCUCUUGACUCAACUAUCUUUGUUGAAACUCUGGGCUUCCUUGCCGUGUUCACUGAAGCCAUGCUGGGCAUCCCUCAGCUCUAUCGUAACUAUCAGAAUAGGUCAACGGAAGGAAUGAGUGUCAAGAUGGUGCUGAUGUGGACCAGUGGUGACACCUUCAAGACUAUAUACUUCCUUGUGAACCAGGCUCCCUUCCAGUUCUCUAUCUGUGGACUUCUACAGGUCUUUGUGGAUAUGGCCAUCCUGUUGCAGGUUUACUUCUACAGCUGCUACCCACAAAAGCCAGCUUCACACACAACACACCCAGCCAGUACGAAGGCACUUUAAAGCACAAAGUGGAGGCAGCUAUCAGUCAAAAUCUUUGGAGCCAGCCUUGCAGCUUCACUCCCAGUUGUAAAUACUGUGUUUCUGAUGGGCUGCAAAUAGAAGCGUCCAACAUGGAAACAUAUUCAGGUAUCAGACCUGGCAUUGUUUUUAAUUAUUUGCUUUCCUUGUGUUCCAAAUCCAUUGGAAUGGAUUUUUCUUUUUGGGGCUCACAUGAGGGUGCUUUUAAUAUAUAUAUAUAUAUGGACAUAUCUAUAAGUCUUAUUCACUCAUCACGCUUCAUAUAUAUGUGCUUGUGUGAGUGUGUGUAUGUGUACCUACUCAAGGGCUGGAUGUUUUUCAGUGCUAUUUAAAAAAAAGUUCAAUCACAAGAAUCAGAGUAUUUUGUCUGAAGCUUUUACCUAUUUAUAUAAAAUGUAUAAGGGUCAUACUUUUGGAAUGUCUGUUAUAUUUCAGUUAGGACUCAUGAAGGCAAUGCAGUUAUCGGCAGAAAUGUUAAAAUUGUUUUUUCCAAAUGGUGACGGAGGCUGCAGCUAGGAAGAAAGGGGUAAAUGAAUGAUGUAAAGAAAAUGUAUUUUAUUCAGUGUAAAUGUGUUAAGCACACACUGCUGGACCAGUGUGUCCAAUUAAUAGAUCAAAGUGUGAGGUGUGGUUGUGGAGUGGGUGAUGCUAUGACCAGAUGAAAAAAAUAAUGAAUUGGCAGUCAACUUGUUGCUGUGAAGAAAGAAGGGAAGGAAGGAGUCUAAUACAACUCAGCCUUGUUUCUGAAGUGGCUACAGUCAUAAGAGACCUGAGGAAAAAUGCCGAGCAGGUUGAGAAACCCUGUAGAGGCGCUGCCAAAAGACCCAAUGAAGGAUUUAUGACAGUAGCCGUUUGGAGGGGGUAAAGCCAGAAAGAACCCAAAUGUGUAGCCUAGGCCUUAAUCUGAACUCUCUGUGCCCAUAUAUAUUUGGCGGUGAAGCCAGCAGUGUUACAUAGCUGAGACUUUCCAGUAUGGGCACAGUGAAAUGCCUUCCGACGUACAGUCUUAAGCUGCACUGGCAAUGGGAGCACUGUCUAUAUAACUGCAUCUUAAUCUAAAAUAAACUACCUGGGUGUGCGGUCUGCUCCAAUAAAUGAAAGGUAGACUAGGCUAGGCAAGAGCCAUUUGGAGGAAGAAGAGAAAUUGCCUAGUGAUGGAAAACACAGCAGGCCUCUUUUUCAAAAAGAAAGCUGGGACUUGACACUUUCCUUAGUAUUAUUUAAUGCCAAAUGUGUUCUUUGCAUUAGCCAAAUACUGAGGAGGAAGAAUCCUAACAGCAUUUCUAGCCCUUUAAGAUCUUGAAAGUUGCUUCCUUUUAGCAAGUUCUAUGGCCAGUAAUUGAGAUAGCAUAUGAAAUACAGGUGAGAACUUGUGUUAUUUACAUGCAACGUAGAUGAAGAGUGGGGAAAAUCUGUACCUAAAGUAUGUUUGCCAGUUUCCUUUACUGAAGACUUGAUCUAGAAUUCAGCAACUGCACAGCUUGAACUGUUCCACUUUUCAAACCACUCCACUUUGGCCGCUUGCCAAGAGGAACCUGUUUUGACCCGGUAAGGUGAAUAUGCAGUCAUGCUGUGUUUCAGGAACUGUUUUGUUCUCUCCACAAGCCAUGGUUGUCCAGAAACAUAUAUUCUCCAAUGCUAGAUGAAACUGCUACGUGGAUGCUAGCUUGUGUCAGCAAUAGACAACUGUUAAAAUGGUUGCUUUUCUCCACUAAAACGUUUUCAAAAAAUGGAUGAACUUGAUGCACCUGCGCGUCUGAUCUACGAAAGCUGUUUUUAGCUGGGCAUCUUCCACGUUUGAUAUAUUUGGCUGUGCCAAAUCUUCUCUGUACUGAAAAGGCAGAGAAGUUUCAUAAUUGUUAUCAGGUUUUUUUUAAAAAAAAAAAGAAAGGAAAGGAAAGGAAUUAUUUGCCUUCUGCACUUGUACAUUUGCUUCUAAUUUCUUCAUCUGUUGAGUACGGAACAACCUCAAAACUGGCUGGACUUCCUCUUCUACCAGUUAGACACUCCAUGUCUGAGGAGCAAAUUGUCCUGGAGAUCAAACUGUUCUUUUUUAAAAGAAAGAGGAGAGGCUACUACCAUUCUGCAGUAGCUGUAUGGAUCUCUCUCUCCCUGGCUGGCAUAUAAACAGAACCUCAGGAAAACUGUUUUAUUGAGAUCUUAGUGUGAAGCGCUAUGGUUGACCUCAGACUUUGUGCUAUUGAUUGGCUACCAUGCUUGUUCCCUAAUGCCUGAAGUGACCUUACCUAGCUGAUGUUAUGUGGCAUGGCAGAAUAUGAAAGUUUAAUUGCUCUCCUUUUCACAAAUGUUCUGGCUGUGUUAGAACUUCUGGGCAUUUGUCUUUUAAAUUAUAAAUUUCCACCACAGUUCUAUUUCCCUUGUCAGCUGCUGUAAUGAGGAUUGUAUUUCUACUUGUACAACAGGAUUUCAUAACAGUAACUUGCAACGCUGUGCUUUAUUUUUGUAUGGGGCAGUCUCCCCCCCCCCACCCAAUUGUUCUUUGAAAAGGGGCUUAAGACUCGGCUGGUGUGUGUUAGCUUAGUCUGUGCAUAACCCCCAUGCCUCUUUGUUUAACAAGUAUUAUUGAUGGUAAAAUUGGUAAUAUUUCCCAGGACGCUGUGCACAGAUUCAGUUAUAUCUGUUAAACUGAUAACCAUUUGAUGUCAAUAUCCAAACAAUUUCCUUCAUGCCAGGAUUGCCGAUGCCAGAAGAAAAGCCAAUAGAGUUGGGUCUAAAAACACUACUUUCAUCUGUGGCAUCUAAACAGGAGCUGGGGAAUCCCUGAAUCCUAGAUUUCAAGGUAUUUAGGGGAAGGCUCAAGGGCUGUUUUCAGGCAUGCCAGUUAACAACAUCAGCAGAUUCCAGUGGGACCACAGCUAUCUCAGGUGUCUUUUAGACAUGUCCCCAGGUGUGUAGGAAUGCUAGUCUGUGAUUGGCUUCUGUGUGCCUGGGAGAAUGUUUAAAUGACCCAGUUCAAGUUCUGCAGAAAAGACCCCAUCACAUGGUUGGAUCAUUGAAACAUUUUCCCAGCCACAGGUGAACUGCUUGCAUAUAAACAGCUCCCACGUACCUGGGAGAACAUCUAAAGGGCACCUCGGUGGUCAGUGAAUCACUGGCUUUAAAAAAAUGCAGUUCUUUUUACAGGUAAAGAAAUCUGUGUAACCACAAUCACAUCAGAGUUCAGAGAUUAAGUAAAUCUUAAAUCCAUCUUUCUGCUGAAUGUAUGGAAAAUCUCAAUGGCACUAAUGUUGAUUUAUCAGUUGCAUUUUUUAAAAAUAAACCAAUCAGUUGUGCACAGAA